AUUUUUUUCAAACGUUUUCAUUAUUUAGGUUUAAAAUGCCUGCUAGUUUAAAUGCGGAGCAGCUAACUUUCCAAUUAGCUAACCUAAAAGUUGAACUUCAGGAAAAGAAUGUAGAACUGCUAAUAGGAACGGAGAAGGUUUGCAGAGAGUUUUUAAAUCUGAACCUACCCGUGGAAUCAGAGAUUCUUGAUGUCGGAGUGGGGUUCGGAGUUCUCUCUGCAUCUCUCCAAACCUGUGGUUUCUCAAAUAUUGAUGCACUAGAUGAGGAUCUACCUACACUAAGACGACUCCAAGCUUUGCGUAUGUACAGAAAUUACAUCUGGAAAGAUAUUUCUGGCCUUAACUCGACAGGACUCCGCGAAGAAAUAUACGACGUGGUUUUAUCUUCUGAAGGGAUAUCUUCACAUAAUAUCAACCCAUCCCAAAUAUUGGAAAUGUUGAGAAUCCUAAAGCCCGGUGGUCACUUACUCUUUACAAUGAACUCCCAUGAGAUGACUGCAGAGAGAGGCCUGUUUGAUCUCAACCUUUCUAGUUUUACCAAGGAAGGCAGAUGUGAGCUGGUGAAGAAGGAAAAGUUUACAGACUCAGGAGCAUGUGAGAUCGGAGUGUUCUACCUGAUGAGAAGGCUACCAACUCAUCUACCAGAAUAUCUGGACAAACCGGUUUCUAAUGAGAUAGAGGAAACUGUUACCAAGGUUCUAGUUGAUACUUCAGACCCUGAAACUAUCGUAAAGUUUUACGAUUCUUGGAGUGAGAAAUAUGCUGAAGAUUUAAUUCUCAUCGGGAACUAUACAGGACAUAUUAAGUGUGUCGAGGCAUUUCUUAGACUUAACCUGGAUCACAGUGUUCAGAUCCUAGAUCUAGCUGCAGGAACAGGAUUACUAGGAGCUGAAGUGAUAAAGCAUGGAUAUGAUAAUAUUGAUGGAAUGGAUUCAAGUCCGGGUAUGUUAGCACAGGCGAGAAAACUGGGUAUCUACAAGAAUUGUAUCCAGGCGUGUAUAGGCAAACUUGGAUCAAUCCCAGUCAAUAGGGAAACAUAUGACGUCAUUCUGAUGGCCAAUGGAUUUGCUCCAGGGCAGAUUUAUCCGUCCUCUCUCCCUGAGAUGCUCCGUGUUCUCCGUCCUGGUGGAUAUCUUCUCUGGACAAUGAAGGACGGGUUUCAACUCACUAGUCCUAAGUUUGCUGUAUUAGAUUCUUACAUUCAGGACUUGGUUCGACAGGAAUCUGUUCAACUUUUGGUUGGACCAGUCGUCUUCCAAAAAUUUCUUCUUGACCAUCCUGGCAGGUUCUAUAUGCUCAGAUAUAUUCACGUUCAGGUUCUAUAUGCUCAGAUAUAUUCACGUUCAGGUUCUAUAUGCUCAGAUUUAUCGUUAGGAGAGAUAUAUUCCUAGAGGAUAUUAUUUUAU